CAGAAGACAUAGUUAAUAACUAUGCUUUCAUUUCCUUUGUACGACAUUUCUUAAUGAUCUAUGCAAAAAUGUCAAGAAGACAUUAUGAAGAAUUUGUUGCUGCAAUGCAAAAGUUUUGCCCUGUGUCAAACUGGAAUGAACUUCCGGAAUCUGCAAUUACUCUUAUGAAGGUACCGGAAGGAAUGUUUGGAAAGCCAAAAAUUUACGCCGUUUCUGGGAAGUUGCCAAAGGUACCGAAAGGAAUGUUUGGAAAGCCGAAAAUUUACGACGUUUCUGGGAAGUUGCCAAAGGUUUUGCAGUACAAGGAAGUUUUAACCAAAACGAAUGGAAUUUGGUACCUGCACUUGGGAUUAAAAGAAGCUUUAUUGGGAAAAUCACCAGGAACAGCAUCAAGUGGGUACAACUCAUGUGAAAGGUGCGAGGCUUUUGGAGAAAAUGUGGGAGGUUGUGUUAGAUUUUCAAAUUUGGACGCACCUGUUCGACAUGACGCUAGUUGGGAUGCAUAUACUGCACACAAUGGCGAUACGAAAUUUGCGCACCGGCGUCAUGAUUCCCCAUUCAAUGAUUACGGGAUUGUGUCUAUGGUACAUGGCUUUGCUUUAGAUGGCAUGCACAUCGUUGGUGGAGGUGCAGUGAUCCUUGGUUUGAAAACACUUUUCGGGAUUCAUAAAUUCAUGGAUUCCCGAGUGCGUGCUUCCUUAAGGGUAAAUCUUGUUCUUGUGAACAAGUACCUGCAAGCUUGGUCAUCACACACACUUUUGGAAGUCAACAGAUGCGUGAGGACAAUCGAUUAUAUCGAUCAAUGGAAAAUGCGGGAAGCGCACGAUUGUCUAAUGUACCACAUGAUCGCAUUACUUGGAGUUCCAGAGCUUCGAGCUGGAUUACAAGAAGAGAGGGUGGAUGCUUUCAUGUCGUUUGUGUAUGCAAUGCACCUAAUUGGUCAUACAACGCAUGAAAGCCCUUCAACACGAGAUGUUCAAAUGGCUGAAAAACUGUUCAAGCACUACAUCGAAACAUUCAAGGAGGAAAGUGAUUACUUUAUGACACCGAAGAAUCACGUGUUGAUUCAUCUGGCUCAAGAAGCAUUUACAUAUCCAGACAACGUCAUUGCCAUGUCAGUCAAUGGGAAUACAGACACCAUGAAGCACUUCAAGGCAUGUGUUGUAAGAGACUUGAGACGUGAUGCCGUAAGCAGAAAAUUGUUCAUCAAAGUUUCAAGCUUCCUGGUAAUUAAACCGGCUCAACAGCAGUGGCGUUCAAGAACAACUCCAUACCCAUCCAUGCGAAAAUUGGGAUGUUAUCAAGUUGCCAAUUUAGACAGUGUCGUGGAAGAGUACACAGUUGACUGUGUUGUUGGACGACUGAAGAAUAUGUACUGGAUUGAGUACAAAGACGCGUGGGAGCACAUGCAGACCCACUGCGGACAAAACAUCAAGUUUUCGCAUGCUGUGGUCAACUCAGGUCAAAAUCUUCCGGAUCAAGAAUGGCAGAUAGGGUUGAGCAUUCCACACCUGGAUGCUCUAAGUUGGUUCCCACCGGAGAAGAACAAAAAAUUAUGCACAUAUCUGUCACCCGUGUUCAAGAGAACGGACUUGUUGCCGUAUAUUUCCAGGGAUCUCAUCGCAAAUGAGACAGAGAAAGUGGGCCACGUCCCUGCGGGCAAACAAUACAGCAAGCAGGAGGAACUAAUCAUCAAUAAGGAGAAAGAGGGCUCGCGUAUCUGGGUCCCGCCCUCUCUGCGCCUGCGAAUCAUUGCUCUAUUCCACUAUCCCCCGGCAAUGGGACACAGCAGAGUGGACAGAACAACAUAUGCGCUUUGA